GUCGAUGGGUCUGUCAAAGCCCCAGCAUCUACAGAUGCGAAACACUCUAUUUGGCAACGAUGCAACGACAUGGUAUUGUCGUGGAUCUUGAAUUCAGUACAUCCGGACAUUGCCGGCAGCGUGAUCUAUGCCGAAACAGCGGCUGAAGUUUGGAAUGACCUCAAAGAGAGGUUUUCACAGGGCAAUGAUUCAAGAAUUUACCAAAUCCAACAAGAAAUUGUUGAAUAUCGACAAGGACAGCAAUCUGUCUCAGCUUAUUACACCAAGAUGAAGGCACUUUGGGACGAGUUGUCUUCCUACCAUGACACUUUAUCAUGCACAUGUGGAGGAUUGAAGGAAGUUGCUGCACGACAAGAGAAAGAAAGAGUCAUGCAGUUUCUUAUGGGACUAAAUGAGACCUACGCUGCCGUCAGGGGACAGAUUUUGAUGAUGCAACCCCUUCCUGAUACACGCAAGGUUCAUGCCUUGAUACUCCAGCAAGAACGACAGGUUGAAGUAGCUGCACGACGUGAUAGCAAUACCAGUCAUCAUGCGAUGAAGGUUGCUCAACCCAGCCGUUCACCUGCAGCCCAAGGGAAUCUGACUCCCUUAAAGUGUAGUUACUGUGACCAAGAACGACACAGCGUCGAUCGCUGUUAUUUUCUCCAUGGUUUUCCCGUGGGCCAUAAGCUACAUGGCAAAAAUGUGAAGCCACCCAACCGAAGGAAAUCAGCUGCACAUAAUACUCAAGCAAGCUCUAUGGAGUCAACUCAGGCAUCAACUACCACUCCUAAUGAGAAGCCCAUAUUCACCACCGAGGAGUACACUCAGCUUAUGGCGCUACUUCGGAAAGAGAAUGGUAAUACACCAUCUUUUGCUAAUACCACAGGACGUGGCUACGAAGAGGAUGAUUGGCCUGGGCAAGCAACAUAAAGGGCUCUACUACAUCACCCGCCAACAGAACCCACACCUAGUACACCAUGUCAACCGUCAUUCCAGCCUCUGGCACCAACGUCUUGGACACCCAUCUGCUGCUCCUCUCCAAGCUUUAUCCAAAAACAUUCCUGAAGUUGUUUUUGAUUUUUCCAAUA